UUCCGAUAUUUCAGAUUUGAGUUUCUUAAAGGUGCGAGCACGUCAGUCCGGUCGCAACCGUUGUGUGAAGGUGUUGCAAGUUUGGAGUCGAAUUGAUUUUUGUGUGAUUUCAUGAUAAAAUCGGGAAUUAAAUUGUUGUUGAGUGCACGCCUGGUGGCUUUGGAACUUUUCGCUCGCAACGAGUCGCCUUCCUGUCAGCCAGGAAAACUCGUGGAUUUGGAUUAAUCGAGAGUCGCGUGCUACGCACUGGAGUGUGGAAAAGCGAAAGUGAAGGAGGACGCGAGCGACUGAUGCUAAGCAGAGUUUUCCCCGUCUCUGCCGUGACUCGGACUGGCUUUGUGCAGCCUCCAAGAAGGUUUUCCGGAACGCAUUAGGGCUGCCCUGCCGCCAGACACAAUUGUGUCUGCCAAGCGUUGUUUCUGAGUGAAUUGUCGGCCGUGGCUGCCGCAGCAGUUGGUAUUGGUACUUACUACGGUAUUUGAACCGUUCGAUCCAACGAUUUUCCACUUGGUCAGCGUUCAAACGGGAAGCAGCCAAGUGUGUCCGCAGCCUCGAACAAAAGCUCCGUGCGAAGGGAGGAAGAACGCGCCGCGACCCGGUGAAUGUUUACGUUAAACUUGGUGGCCGAAUCCGAUCCGCAGUGCACAUUCCAGCGAAUCAGAGCCUGAGUGGGCCCGCGAACAGGCCGAAAUCGGUCGGAAGUUGCCCGCGUCCGGUCCCAGCAGGACCGCCAGCCUCGCUGCCAAAUGCCCUGUCGUGUUCCGGUGUCAGUUCUUUAACCCUGCCAAAGUGCCGAAACGAGGAAGAAUUGCAUUGCCUGGAAAGUGUGCCGAGAGUGAUUGCAACGUCGCUGCCCAAAGCGAUUGUGUGUCGGGAAGUGCAAGUGGCCGCAGGCCUAGCGUUCCGCGGAGAGUCUCUCGGUCGCGUUUCCCGCGGACCCUGUUCGUCUGCUGACUGUGAAGCCCUCAGUGGCGAAUUCCUCCGCAACCAGACUGCAGCAAAAUUGUCGCCACCGUCAUGUUGUUCGAGAAUCCAGCUGUCGCGGGCAAGUUGCCGUUCCCGUACAGCGUCCCGCCACCGAUACAAGCAGCUGCCGCCGCAGUCCCCAAUAUAAGGUUUCAAACACCUAUAAAAGCGUAUGCCUGCCUUACAACAACCAGGUAUGUGUCCUGCACUAUAUCAAUGCCAAGAGAUGGAAUCCUUUUUGUUUAAGGUUAAUCGCAAUCCGAUCGAUAAUUCCGGUCUUUUGGAUCAGCAUCGGGAUCUACACAAUGCCUUGGUGGCGAGUAUAAACAAUAAUGUGGCUGCCGUGAAUGGUGCUCAAGCAGCGGCCGCAGCAAUCACAAAUGUUACAACAAAUGGAACAACGAACUCCCUUUCGAGCUCAUCAGGACGAUCGACACCCAAUAAUACAACAGAUCCUGCGCCCGGCAAGCUAUUCGUUGGCGGACUGAGUUGGCAAACGUCUUCCGAGAAAUUAAAGGAAUAUUUCAAUAUGUUCGGCACAGUAACAGAUGUUCUUAUUAUGAAGGAUCCCGUUACGCAGAGAAGUCGCGGUUUCGGUUUUAUCACAUUUCAAGAACCCAGCAGUGUUGACAAAGUUCUCAAACUACCCAUACACACACUUGAUGGUAAAAAGAUCGAUCCAAAACAUGCCACACCGAAAAACAGACCCAAACAAUCGAAUAAAACAAAGAAAAUCUUUGUGGGUGGUGUGAGUCAAGAUACAUCAGCGGAAGAAGUCAAAGCAUAUUUCGGUCAAUUCGGUAAAGUCGAGGAAACUGUGAUGUUAAUGGAUCAGCAAACAAAAAGACAUAGAGGCUUUGGAUUUGUUACAUUCGAGAAUGAAGACGUUGUGGAUCGUGUCUGCGAAAUACAUUUUCAUACAAUUAAAAAUAAGAAGGUGGAAUGUAAGAAAGCUCAACCAAAAGAGGCUGUCACGCCGGCUGCACAGCUCCUACAGAAACGAUUGAUGCUCGGUAGCUUAGGUGUAAGGAUGGCGGCGCCCGCUCAACUAGUCGGAGCGCCAGGAACUGUUGCCACCGGUAAUCCCCUAGCAAUGGUACAAGCUCAAGCGGCACAGGCGCACGUCGCCCAAGCGGCCGUACUACACAAUCCCUUUCAAGUACAAAAUGCAGCGGCCGCAGCAGCUGCGGGUUAUGGUAAACUAUUAGCUACAUAUCCUCCGCCUUUACACAGUUUCAGAUAUGCACCGUAUCCAGUGCCAGCAAGUGCUGCAGCCGCGGCAGCAGCCGCCGCUGCAUCACAACAACAGAAUGCAGCAGCAACGCAAGCGGCAGCUGCGCCUGCUGCUGCUGCAGCCGCGGCUCAACAAGCUGCCAUGGCCGCUGCCCCUGUUAGUGCAGCGGCAGCCGCAAAUCCCUAUCAAGGUUACACUCUUGCCAAUAUCGAUAUGUCAAGUUUUCAGGGGGUCGAUUGGAGCUCAAUGUACGGUGUGGGAAUGUACGUUUAAAGUUCUGCUUAUAAACUUUCUUCACAGGAGGAUCUCAAUUAUCCACUCUAAGUAUUUGUUAAUUAUGUCUCGUUCGAGUUUCACUGGGAAUUCUGAUAAACGGAUAAAUAUGGAAACGGGGGGCUUUCCAAAUGGGAGGAGAAUAGUAAAGGCAACAAACAAUGACGAGUGUGCAUGCGAGUGUUUUUUUUAAGGGAAGACGAAAGACGGAGCUGGAUUUGUAUAAAUAUGAAACCACCGAUUGUGAUGAGAUUUGUUGCUAGUGGAAAAUAUGGGAAAACGAGGCUUUACCUCCUUUUUCUUGUAUUUAUAUGAAAAAAAAAUAAAAACAUCAGACUGACUAAUGUAGAUUGACAUAGCAAACAGUGUAAAAAGUAUAGCUGUUCACAUAUAAUUAUUAUUUUAUCAACAAUGCAGAUUACUUAGAUUUUAUUAGUAGUUACUACGUAGAAACGUGACAGAGGAAGAUAAGUAAUUCGCAAGACACACCUCCCGAUAGGCUUCGUCUUGCCCCCGUUACACGCUUCAAAUUCUAUUCCGUUUGUCAGGAUUCACAGUGAAAUCUGUGGGGGGACGAUCAAGAGAUUCAUAGAGUGGGUGAUUGGGAUUCUUCUGCGAAGGUGCGUGUUGAAGAGAAGCAUUUGAUAUAUGAGAUAGAGUUGCCGCUAAAACAUUUCAAAUUCAACGCCUAAGAAACGUGUAAUUGUCAAGUGAAUGGGUUUAUGGAUGCUCAGGCGAUCGUAAUGCCCGCGAACAAAAGACGUCAAUUUGAAGCUGUGAAAAAAAAUGUAAUGGUUUGAGUUUUGUAUGUAGAAUUUUAAUUUAUUCGGGUUAAUCUGAAUUGGCUGAGAGUAGAAGACGUUUUGGUGCGGAGGGUCUCGGCGUGAGAUCGAUCUUGAGGGCUAAUGGUCCCUUUUAUAUCUGAUUAUAGAUUUGAAUUUCUCAAUUGAAAAGAUUUAUGUAGAGACCACACACGUAUGCAUGUGAAUUCGGGUGAUAUUUUGGGCGGUGUGUUGCCUCCUGAGACCACUCCGCAGAACGACUCAUUCGGAACCCAAUUGCCAUUAUCAGUAUUGUUUCAAGGUGUAUCUGCUGCCAAACUUGUCAAAAGCAAUAUAAUAAAGACAUAUCGAGACUACUUACUCAAUAAGUAAAUAAGAGAAAAUAUUAAAAUAGAAACAAAUGAGCCGCUUUUCUAUGAUUUCCGCGGGCAUUACAUCGUCCUGCGUGUGCCGUCAAUCCAAACAACAGCGAUGACGAGAUGAAUUACGCCCUAAUUUCUAGUUACAUACAAUUUAAUUUGAGAUAGUUCGUUGAAAAUGGUGAACAAAACAGCACAUUCGUAUAUUCGUUCGUUGCUCUUUUAGUACUUUCCUUGGUUUAGAGCAUAGUUUUCCGUUUUUUCUGGUUUACUUAGAAGUUUCAUUGCAAAGCAAGAUAUGUAUCUACUACCUCUAUCACGCAUACAUCAUUUAUAUUUGUUUCUCGAUACUCCCUUACUUUGACAUUGUAACGAUUCGUUCUCAUCCCACUAUUAAUCAUAAUUAUUCCAUAACUUUUGUUUGUAUGUAUGAAGAGACCAUUGCAAAUAUUUGUCAGUAUUUUAAUUUUUAAUCUCUAGAAGUCUUUUUAGUUAUUUUUUUAUUAUAUAUACACAUUAAUGUAAUCAGCUGAGAGGAGGAAGCUUGUUUCUUGCAACAGACUAAUCUCUAAAACAAAAAAAAUAGGAAGAUAUCUAAGAUACCGUUUGAAAACUCAUUUUAACUUGCUACCUUUACUACUUACUCUACUACCUACACACCUACACCUUACUACUUACUAAAUCAUAAUUAGAUUUUAGUUGAAAAGGAAAUCUCAAUUGUAUAAUAACUUUUAAGCUUUUAUCCAUAACUACCACUACACCUUUGAGACAAUUGUAUUCGAGAGAUGAUUUUUUUUAAGUAAUUACUUUUAAUUUUUAAUUUGGAAUUAAGUAGUUGCGAUUGAGAUGUUUUUGGGCGCAUUUAUUAUUAUUUUAUUUCGUAGAAUUUGCAAGUAUUUAUAUAUACAUAUUAUUAUCAUAUAUAUACGAUUAGUGUUUCUCUUUGUUAGUAUUAAAAUUCCAAAAAUACAUCCCUGAACGAGGUUAAUUACAUUACAUUUUAUCUGUAUCUUCUCGUAUUAUUUUAGUAUUAAUUUCCUUUCGUUAAUUUUCAUCAUAGUGUACUUUUAUAUUAUAUACUCGUAUAUAGCGGCAGCAUGUAGGCUUGUAAAUAAAAUCGAAGCUACUUUUGCAAAACAGUAUUUCUUGGCUAUAUCUGUACAUAUACGUACUUCAUAGUUUAGAGACUAAAUGUUUUUCUCGAGUCAUAUUUUUUUUAUCCCUUUCUUUUGGUUUUUAGUAUUCUUUGUUUUGUGUCUAUAUAAAUUCCAUAUAUACAAACAAUACAAGGUAAGAUGGUGAAAAUA